UUUUUUUCGCAUUGUACCAUCUCCUCGUCGGAAAUUUGCGAGCACCUGGCGAAUUCGGCCCUAGGUGCAUGUAGUUGGCGAAAUUUGGCGCGCUAAAUUAAAACAAUGCCCCAAUGUGGACUUUAAUCGGUUCACGUUUAGUCGCUAUAUAAAUGACCAACUCUAUCUAUUCGUACAGAUUAACGUAUAACAUCGCGAUAUACACACGCUGCGCGUCUUAUGUAGUGCGUCCACUACCAUAAUUAACAAUGGAAGUCGUCUUACACGAAGCAUCGAACGUGGUGAUGUCGAAUGGGCACACACGCGAAAGUGACAGUGAGAAAGUUUGUUAUAAACCAGUGCAAGAAUCCGAUUUGGUCCAGACGUUCAGUCGGUUACCCCAAAAAGACUCUGUCGACGUUGCCUUCGAAAAUGUCACGUACACUGCAUCUCUUGGAUUUAGAAAAGGAAACAAGGAAAUCUUACACGGAAUCCAUGGACGAUUUCCACCGGGGAAGCUCAUCGGAAUCAUGGGACCUUCGGGUGCCGGUAAAAGUACCCUUCUCGACGUUCUGAGCGGGUACCGCAUUUCGGGUAUCGGCGGUACCGUUUACGCAAAUGGACUCGAGAGGAAUUUGAACGCGUUCAGGCGACUAUCUUGCUAUAUAACGCAAGAUGAUCGACUGCAAGAACUGCUGACGGUGCACGAAAACAUGAUGAUCGUUGCCGAUUUAAAAUUGGGCUCACGCGUCCCGGCGCAGGAAAAGGAAGCUAUCAUACGGGAGAUUUUGGAAACUUUGGGUUUGGAGGAGACGGCCGAAACGAGGGCCGGUAGACUUUCCGGUGGUCAGAAAAAAAGGCUCUCAAUAGCGUUGGAAUUGAUCGAUAAUCCAGUCGUGAUGUUUCUUGAUGAGCCGACAACAGGUUUGGAUAGUUCAUCUUGUAGCCAGUGCGUAAGGUUACUGCGUGAAUUGGCAAGACAAGGAAGGACGAUCGUUUGUACCAUUCAUCAGCCGUCAGCGACGCUGUUCCAACUCUUUGACUUGGUCUACGUACUAUCCGAUGGAAAUUGCCUGUACCAGGGCAGCACAGAAAAUCUGAUACCGUUUCUGGAAGCUGUGAAUCUGCCAUGUCCGCAGUAUCACAAUCCUGCCGAUUUUGUCAUCGAAUUAGCUUGCGGUGAAUAUGGAGCCGAAAAGGUUGAACGAAUGGUCAACGAAACCGACAACGGCAGAAGUCACCGGUGGUUCGAUAAGCCGGAAUUUUUACCCAGCCUCAAUAAAUUGAAAGAAAAUAACAAGCACAAAUUGGAAAAGCAAAAGCCCGCCCACCUCCAAAGCACCUCACAGUGGAACCAAUUCAAAACGCUUUGCCGACGAGCUUUUAUCAAAUCAAAGAGGGACGUUACGUUGACUUACAUGCGUAUAAUCGUCAACAUUUCCGUUGGAUUACUCUUCGGAGUUUUAUACUGGCAAGCGGGGAAUCACGGAGGGAAGGUCUUGGAUAACUACAACUUGAUUUUCUCGGUGUUGAUGCAUCAGAUGAUGUCGCCAAUGAUGAUGAUGAUCCUCACAUUUCCAAGUGAGUUGGGCGUUCUGACCAAGGAACAUUUUAAUAGGUGGUACUCGCUUAAGAUGUACUACGCCUCGCUCACUAUUAUGGAUGUUCCGCUCUCGAUAUUCUGCUGCAUUCUCUUCAGUGUAAUUAUGUACUGGAUGACUGGGCAACCACUAGAGUGGAACAGAUUUGGAAUGUUCACAGCGCUGAGCCUUCUCACAGUUUUCGUCGCGCAAAGCUUCGGCCUCAUGAUCGGUGCCGUUUUUAACGUUGUUAAUGGAACUUUCAUGGGCCCCUGUCUAUCUGUGCCAAUGAUGAUGUUUGCCGGUUUCGGCGUGACGCUCCGCGACCUCCCCAGCUAUCUGAAGUGGGGGAGCUACAUAUCCUACCUACGCUACGGUUUGGAGGGCAUGGUCGGUGCCAUUUACGGGCUUGAUAGGCCUGUCUUAUUCUGCCCCGAGGAGGAGUACUGCCAUUACAAGUAUCCAGAAAAGAUUCUGGCCGAAAUCGCCAUGACCGGAGAUCAGUUCUGGAACGAUAUUAUCGCUCUACUCAUUAUUCUAUUCUUUUUAAGGACGUUAGCUUUUGUUCUGCUGAGAUGGAAGUUGUAUUCCGUUAGAUAAAUGUUUUUAUUAUUGUUUAUAAUUUGUAUUAACGUUCAGGGUACUGGGACUGUGUUGUCCCUACGUUUGUUGAUGCAGAGAAGUAUUUUACGCAAUAUUUCGAUUGAGCAUACCGCACGGUGUUGAAAGGUUAAUUUAUUAAUUUAUCAGUGAUAUAAUAGGUAGGACUUGUAUUUAUUAUUUAGCUUUUUGUCUAUUUUUAGUCUUAGAAUUGUGUUAAUCGUUAGUGACAAUAUAAAAUAAACGUCUUUGUGAUACAGUUAACUGUAUAAAGUAUUAAA